AUGCAAGGAUCGUCACAAGGGGACUUCUCCCUCCCGGGACCCAACAUGCACUCGUCCACGUCUGCUCAGCGAAAACCUUCUGGGCCGUCGCAACGGCGAUCGUCAGUGCGCUUACCACGCCCAGAUAGAUCAGGUCAUGAUACAGCCCGUCAAUUUGACCAUUAUACGGGCCAACAGAACGGCGCCCAAGAAAACUCGCAGCACCAUGCGGCGACGACAGCGCCGGUGCACUUGGCUCAGGAGAAAUGGUGGCACGUCCACUUCUUCCGUGGAAUGAUCAACGACGUAAAGCGCAGAGCACCAUAUUAUUGGAGCGACUGGACUGAUGCAUGGGAUUAUCGUGUCGUGCCUGCUACAGUCUAUAUGUAUUUUGCUAACAUCCUGCCUGCGCUCGCCUUCUCGUUAGAUAUGUUCGAGAAGACAAGUCAGAGCUAUGGUGUUAAUGAAGUCCUACUUGCUUCCGUACUUGGUGCAAUUGUCUUCUCGCUUUUUGCGGCUCAGCCGUUGGUCAUUGUCGGUGUUACUGGUCCCAUCACUGUGUUUAACUAUACUGUCUAUGACAUCAUGGCUCCUCGAGGGACGCCGUAUCUUGCCUUCAUGUGUUGGAUUGGAAUCUGGUCUUUGAUUAUGCAUUGGAUACUGGCCAUCACUAAUUCAUGCAAUGCACUAACUUAUGUUACCCGGUUCUCGUGCGACAUCUUUGGGUUCUACGUUGCUUGCGUCUAUAUCCAGAAGGGCAUUCAAGUUCUCACUAGACAAUGGGGUUCAGUAGGAGAAACAUCUGCUUACUUGAGUAUCAUGGUUGCACUACUUGUCCUGAUGUGUGCAUGGAUCUGUGGGGAACUGGGCAACAGUAAUCUUUUCAAGCGACCCAUUCGGAAAUUCCUCGAGGACUAUGGUACACCUUUGACCAUAAUCUUCUUUACGGGCUUCGUUUACAUCGGUCAAAUGAAGGAUGUUGAUGUCGCUACGCUCCCUACUAGCAAGGCUUUCUUUCCUACAACUGACCGGUCUUGGCUGGUACAUUUCUGGGACAUCAGUGUUGGAGAUAUCUUCCUUGCCAUCCCAUUUGCGCUUCUUCUCACAAUUCUCUUUUACUUUGAUCACAAUGUGUCAUCUCUCAUAGCCCAAGGGACCGAAUUUCCUCUUCGAAAGCCAGCUGGCUUCCAUUGGGACAUUUGGCUCCUCGGUCUAACAACCUUUGUGGCUGGAAUUCUGGGAAUACCAUUCCCCAAUGGCCUGAUUCCCCAGGCUCCCUUCCACACUGCCGCUCUCUGCGUCACUCGCCAAGUCGCAGACGAAGACGACACCAACAAGGGCAAAGCUAUCCGGGUUACAGACCAUGUAGUAGAGCAGCGAGCUAGCAACUUCGCACAGGGACUUUUGACCCUGGGAACAAUGACCGGACCCCUCCUCAUCGUGCUCCACUUGAUUCCACAGGGUGUCAUGGCCGGUCUGUUCUUCGUUAUGGGUGUCCAGGCUCUACAGGGCAAUGGGAUUACGCAAAAACUGAUCUUCCUCGCCGAAGACAAGAAGUUUACCUCCGCGUCGAAUCCCCUCAAGCGAAUCGAGCGUCGUGCCGCUGUCUGGGCCUUCGUCGCUCUCGAACUAUUUGGAUUCGGUGCGACUUUCGCUAUCACUCAGACUAUUGCUGCCAUCGGCUUCCCUGUUAUUAUCAUCCUUCUGAUACCCGUGCGCUCCUUCCUGCUUCCUAAAUGGUUCACCCGCGAGGAGCUUGCUGCACUUGAUGGACCGACGGCUAGUCCAUUCACCAUGGAAAGUGUCAGUGGUGCCCGCGGGCUGGAGAACUACGAUGAAGCGCUCGCCAGCGGCGCCCGGGAGGAGUAUUCUAAUGGAGGUGAGGGGGUCCUGAGAAGUCGAAAUUCAGCUUCUCCGGAAUCUGCAGUCGAAGAUAACGAUCUAGAACGAGGUGAGCUAUAUGAGCUCGCCUCCCGUGUUUCGCGCAGAAGGAGCACGGCUAGCAGGGCAGAUUAA